AUGCAUCAUAUCAGGUGUGGUAAAGGAUACUUAUGUUAUUUCUACAGGAAUCUGAACAAGACGCUGUAUUACCUGGAUGUGUUUGCCCGAUUCAAGGACGAAGAGAACAUCAAGGCCGUGGAGCGGCUGUUGAACUCGCAUACGGAACUGGAGAUGUUUGAGCGGUCGCAGCUCGGGAGUCUGUGCUGCGACAAUGCCGAGGAGGCCAAGUCUUUGAUUCCGAGUUUGCAAAACAAGAUCACGGAUGGGGAUUUGCAGGAGUUGUUGGAUGAGUUGACCAAGUUGCGGAAUUUCACCGAGUAA